GAUGUUUCCGGUGUUGUGAAUGCCCCUGGAAACAUGGCGGUCAGCAUCCGCGGCCGUCAGAUCCGAAGCCUUCGGAUGCGAGGUCGGAAUGACAGCGGGGAGGAGAACGUACCGCUCGAUCUCAGUAGAGACCCUUGUGAUAAUCUACGUGAGAUCCUGCAGAAUGUGGCCAGACCGCAGGGCGUCACCAACAUGAGGAAACUGGGCCACCUCAACAAUUUUAUUAAGCUUCUCUGCAGUGUUGGCCACAAUGAGGAGAAGUUUGGGUUUACAUAUGAAGAGAUCAUCAUGUGCCUGCGGCUGGCGCUGCUCAAUGAAGCCAAGGAGGUACGGGCAGCAGGUCUGCGGGCGCUGCGCUACCUCAUCCGUGAUACCAGUGUCCUUCAGAAGGUGCUUCGACUACAGGUAGACUACCUGAUUGCCAGGUGCAUUGACAUACAACAGAGCAACGAGGUGGAGCGGACACAGGCCCUGAGACUGGUGCGCAAGAUGAUCACCGUGAACGCGCUGCUAUUCCCCAGCUCCAUCACCAACUCCCUAAUCGCUGUGGGCAAUGAUGGUCUGCAAGAGCGUGACCGCAUGGUGCGCGCCUGCCUGGCUACCAUCUGUGAGCUGGCCUUGAAGAACCCCGAGGUGGUGGCGCAGAGGGGCGGUCUCAGCACCAUCUUGAAGAACGUCAUCGACUGUCAGCUGAGCCGUAUCAACGAGGCACUCAUCACCACCAUCCUGCAUCUGCUCAACCACCCCCACACACGGCACUACGUUCGCUCCGACGUGGAGCUGGAGCAAAUCCUGGCACCUUAUACGGACUUCCACUACAGGCACAACCCAGACACAGCUGACGGGCAGCUCAAGGAGGACAGAGAGGCACGCUUCCUAGCUAGCAGAAUGGCUAUCGUAGCAUCGUUCCGGUCCUGGUCAGGGAUCAUUAACCUGUGCAAAUCAGGCAACUCUGGAAUCGUCUCGCUGAUUGGCUUACUCUGCAUACCAAACAUGGAUGUCAGGAAAGGUCUGCUGGAGGUGAUGUACGACAUAUUCCGUCUUCCUGUUCCCGUGGUAACCCGGGACUUUAUGGAGGCUCUGCUGAGUGUGGACCCCAGCCGGUACCAGGAUAGCUGGAGGUUGUCCGAUGGCUUUGUGGCCUCAGAAGCAAAGACCAUCCUCCUCCAUCGAGCAAGGUCACGGCCUGACCUGAUGGACAAUUAUCUUGCUCUGGUGCUGUGUGCUUUCAUAAACAAUGGCCUGUUAGAGGGUCUGGUGGAGGUCAUCACCAGCAGCGACGACCAAAUCUCAGUCCGGGCCACCAUUCUCCUGGGGGAGCUCCUCCACAUGGCCAACACUAUCCUCCCACAGUCUCAUAGCCACCAUUUACAUUGCCUGCCCACAUUAAUGAGCAUGGCCGCCUCCUUCGAUGUCGGCCAGGAGAAGCGCAUGCGGGCGAGUGUGGCCGUCAACCACUUGAAGUGUUUCCACGAGAGGAAGAAGCGGGGACCCAGACCCAGCAGCCUGUACCUGGAUCACAUCCUGCGCAAGUCCACGGCCUCCCGCUGUUCUACAGAGCAGCACCCUCGGGCUUCCAGGGAUAUAUUCCUCAUCAAGGAUACUGAGGAGGCCCUUGUGAUGAACCUGAAAGAUAGUCAGAUCCUGAACCACAAACAGAACCUGGAUUGGAACUGGGUUCUGAUCUCCACUAUCCUGAAGUGGCCAAAUGUCAACCUCCGGAGCAACAAAGACGAACAGAUACACAAGUUUGUGCGCAGGCUGCUGUACUUCUACAAGCCCAGCAGCAAGCUGUUCACUAGCCUGGAGCUGGACCACAGCAAGGCGAGGCAACUCGCGGUGGCUGGCUGCCAGUUCAUAGAGUUCCUGCUGGAGUCGGAUGAGGAGGGCCAGGCAUACCUAGAGGAGCUGCUGAGGGACAUGGUGCAGUGGCUGUCGUCCUGCUCGGGGCUGAAGGCUGACCGUAGCCUCCAGAACAACGGCCUGCUCACCACACUCAGUCAACACUACUUCUUGUUCAUUGGCACCAUGUCUGCCCACCCCAUCGGAGUCAAGACACUGGAAAAAUGUGGCAUCUUCCAGUGCCUUCUCAGCCUGUGCUCGCUGAAGAACCAGGACCUUCUCCUGAAGCUGACCAUCACCACGCUGGACUAUAGUCGUGACGGACUCGCUCGGGUGAUCUUAUCCAAGGUCCUCACAGCCAGCAGUGAUAACUGCAGGCUGUAUGCCACCAAGCAGCUUCGGGUCCUGCUGCGUGCCAACGUGGAAUUCUUCAGCACCUGGGGCAUCGAGCUGCUGGUCACGCAGCUGCAUGACCGCAACAAAGCCGUCUCCAUGGAGGCGCUGGAUAUCCUGGAUGAGGCCUGUGAGGACAAGGCGAACCUCCAUGCACUGAUUCAGCUGAAGCCAGCGCUAACUCACCUCGGCGACCAGGGCUUACUGCUUCUGCUGCGGUUCCUAUCCAUCCCAAAGGGCUUUUCCUACCUCAAUGAGAGGGGUUUCAUCACUAAGCAGCUGGAGAUAUGGCAGAAGGAGUACAGCCUGCGCUAUGUGGAUCUGAUAGAGGAGCAGCUGAACGAGGCACUCACCACAUACCGCAAGCCCGUUGAUGGAGACAACUACGUACGGCGGAGUAAUCAGAGGUGCCAGAGGCCAAACGUUUACCUCCCUGUGCACCUGUAUGGUCAGCUGGUACAUGAUAAGACGGGCUGCCACCUGCUGGAGAUUCAGAAUGUGGUUCCGGACCUCAGCUACACCGUGCGCUCCCCGGUGCUGGACAGCUGGGAGGGCAUCAAGCAGCUGAAGGCAGCUCUGUGGGCCCUGGUCAGUGCUACGUGUGUUCUUCUAGACUCUUCUGCACCUCUGCUGGGAGGCUUACUAAUACCGAUACGUUCUGUAAAUUGUUUUCAGGGUAACAUCAGUUCCUCCACCUGGGGUCUGAACCUCCUCCUGGAGGAGAAUGUGAUCCCCGACAUCGUGGCUCUAGCCCAGCAUUGUGAGGUUCUGUCUGUUCGUGGGACCUGCCUUUACGUCCUGGGCCUGAUCUCCAGAACCAAGCAGGGCUGUGAGGUUCUGAAGCAGCAGGGCUGGGACGCGGUGCGGCACAGCCGGCGGCAGGCCUGGCCCGUGGUGACGGACGAGAUGGAGCCGCAGCCAGCCAGUGAGCUGUCCUCGGUGCCCAGCACACUCAGCCUCAACUCCGAGUCCACGGGCUCACGGCACAACAGCGAGAGCGAGUCCACACAGCCUGGCCUCUACAUUCUGGAUGACGAGCGCUUUGGGAGCCCUGAAGUCCCGGAGGACCACCCGGUCCUCAUGCGACCUAAGGUCCUCAAGGAGCGGAGCCCUCUGGCGCUGCUAGCGCCGGGCCGCCUGGUCCGCAACAGCUUCCUGAACGUGCUCAGCCUGCCGGGCAAGAAGCAGCGCAGUGCCAGUGACCCCAAGGGCAGCACGGGCAGCAGGGGGCCCUGGGAGUCGCAACUGGCCAGCCUGUGCAGGAGCCGCACCCUCACCGAGCCGUCCGUGUACGUGCCGGGCCAGCCGGACCCGUUCACCUUCGCCCGAGGCCCGGAGCUCAGGGAGACGGAGUCGCGGUCGCCUCGUGGUGGGGGUAUAGCAGCCCAGCAGGAGCCUGGUAGCCGCGAGCGCCUGACCGGUGACGGCUCCUCCUCCUCAUCUUCUGGAGGCGGUGCCCAGUUCAAGAGCCGAAGCCAGAGCUUCAACACUGACACGACAACCAGCGGGGUCAGCUCCAUGAGCUCGAGCCCGUCCCGUGAGGCCCCUGGCGUGGACUCGUCCACCGGCGACACAGACUGCGCCAGCCUAGACACGGUGGGCAGCACGCGCACCGUGCGCACGCCGUGCUCGCUCACGCCGCAGUCCGACCACCUGCCACUCUCCAAGUCCAGCUCGGCGUCGCUGGUACCGCCCGGCUCUGCCCACACGCUGCCACGCCGCGCGCAGUCGCUCAAGUCACCCUCGGUGGCGGCCAUUCGCAGCCUGGCGGACUGCAGCUUUGCGUACACCAGCCCGCGGGAUGCGCUGGGCUAUGCCACGCUAAAGCGGCUGCAGCAGCAGCGCAUCCAUCCGUCGUUGUCGCACAGCGAGGCGCUGGCCUCCCCCGCCAAGGACGUGCUCUUCACUGACGCUAUCACCAUGAAGGCCGGCAGCCUGGACUCCCGGCUCACACCCCGCAGGUUCCUGAAGGCCUUGAGCUUCGCUUCCUUGGACAAGGAGGAGCUCCUGAGCCCCAUCAGCCAGACCACGCUACACCGCUCCUCCUCUGUGCGCUCCAUGGUGUCCAGCGCCACCUACGGGUGCAGCGAUGACUACAUCGGGCUGGCGUUGCCUAUGGACGUCGCCGAUAUGUUCCAGCUCAAGGAGGCCACAUAUUUCCAGACCAGCCCCCAGGCCGAGGAGAGGGCUGCCAAGUUCUUUAUCGGGGGGGAUUCGGAAGGUGGCUGCUACACCACCCCCCCAUUGCGGCAACAGCUCAGCAUCACCGAGCUGAUGGCAGCCAGCCGGGCCGACCCGCAGGGAGGGCCAGGUCCAGAGGAUUCAGGUCUGCAGGAGCAUCAUGAGGACAACUGCUUGUACUGUGUGGGCGUGCGUGUGCGCGGAGGCCACGCCCACAGCCGAACAGAUUUCACAGACCUCUGCUAUUCAGACUGGUGUGGCCCUGCUGUCGGCCCCCACCACCUGGAGGUCGUGCCCCCAUCCAGCUGCUCGGGGGUGUCGGGCUGCAGCGACACAGUGUCCCAGGGCUCUGCCAGCAGCACUCGCAGCACCGAGCUCAUGCUGGGAGGAAAGCCCAUCCCAGAAGAUGCUCCUGCCGGCAGGGCCCUCCUGCGGAAGGAGGUGCUUCGCCUGGUGGUCAAUCUCAGCUCAUCCGUGGGAACCAAGGGCCACGAGACGGGCCUGCUUACGAUCAAGGAGAAGUUCCCAUACGCCUUCGACGACAUCUGCCUUUACUCGGAGGUGUGUCACCUGCUGGCCAAUUGUCUGUUCCGCCUGCCGUCCCGUCGUUUCAUCCAGGAGCUCUUCCAGGAUGUCCAGUUCUCCCUGAUGUACGAGGAAGCGGAGAUGAUACUGUCAACGCCACCAAAGAAAGCUGGGGACGAGGCCGUCUCUGACUCCUGACGGCACUCCCCCACCGCCUUGCACCCUUGGCCCCGGGUGUUCUGCAUUGCAGGGUGAGGCGGAGACAGCGGGAGAGGCGUGGUGGGGAGGGCGACACUCAGUAAGGUGCAGCAAAGAUGCCCUGCGGAGCCUGUCCUCCAGAGGAUGUCCCCGGUACAGCACAGCCAUGAGAUGGAGAUGGAGAUGAAGCUUCUAUUCAUGAUUUCUUUCUGCAAACACUACAGUGGGUCUUGCACAUACGGGCACUGUCCACCGUGUUCUCACUGCCCAUGCUCAGCUACACGUAGGGGGGUGGAAGGUCAUGGAAGGUCUAUCUUUCACCCCGAGCUUCUGAUUAAAGAAAAAACAAACAAAAAAAAACAAGAACAUCAGUUUAACCUGUAUUCUGGCACAUUUCUGUUUUCCUGUAAUUUUCUGGUGCUGCCACCAGGGAGCAGCACAUUUUUGCGGAGCUGGAACUGGUGCCAGAUGCAGAACCCUGGAGACUCAGCCAAGCAAGAGGCAGCAGCCUGAGAUGCAGUGACUCCUCCGUGUACUGCAUCUGGACAGGGUGGCAUCUUACACACGUCUGCACGUGUCUAUUGGCUUCCUGGAAAAAAUUGUUUUGGAAAGGAAUCAGGGCAGGGCAUGGAGCCUGUGGCUGAUUCACCCGUCGGCAUGUCGCGACAAUGCAAAGAAUCAGAAAAACAAAAGCCCAAUCACAGACGGGAAGAUGCCACUUUGGGACUUCCCUCCGAGCUGAACUCGAUUCUUCCUGUCGGCACAUGGUCUGCAUUUCGGUCAGCAGUGGUGGAAGGCUGAAGGUGACCUCUUUUGUUGUGCACACCACCCAUGGCAUUUGGGAAGAGCAGGUGUUAAAGAGGGGUUCUGGUAACUAACCACAGGGUGCUGAGCUGGGUACAGGUGGGAGGGGGGAUUUCUCCUUUCUGCACUAAAUUACCACAGUUUUCGUUUUUAGGCAGCUUAUUUUUUUGUAUUUGAGUCAAUAGUGAAAGUCUGUGAUGUGACAUUUUAAUAUCUAGUGACUCUGGAUUGACAGUCUGGUACUUUCUUCAGUGACUUUGACCUUCCCAGUUCUCACUGUGCUGAUUUUCCUCAUGGUAGAAUCCUACCCAGCAUUCUCCAGAUGCCUGUCUCCUGGUGUUUAAACAGCGGCACUGGCCCUUAGAGCAGGAGAUACUUCAUGUCUGGCUUUGUCUGCAUUGGGGAAAAAAACUGCCUUCCCCCCUCUUUCUUAUGGAGAGACACUGUUUGUAAAGACUGGGGAGCUGCCUCAACUAGUUCAUAGCCGAAACCAAAACAGUUUUUUUCUGCAGUGUCGUUAAUAACUUAGGCCUACAGGUCAAGUGUUGCAAAAAUUGUGAGUGUGGCCACUACCGGAAUACACUUCCCAGAAUUCCUUUGGAGACCCGGGACAGACGCCAAAUGCGAUGGAGCUGCGGGUCACUAUUGCACAGUUACAUUUCUCCUUUAUGAUUCCCUUUUCCCUGUGCGCGUUUGCGUGGCUAAUUUAUUGCUACAAAACUUUACCUAGCAGGUUAAUCCUGACUUUAUACUCAAGUAUGCAACGUUUCACCCCGGUGAUUAUAUAAAUGUUUUAUACAGAAAAUGCAUGAAAUGGGUGGGGGGUUAAAACACUGCCAUAAUUUCGGAUCCCCCUUUUACUUCGUGUUUUUGGUUUGAGCUGCUAUUAAGUGGAGUGCCGGGUAAUGCCCGGUGUCGCUUAUGUAAUAUUGUGUACUUGUAUUAUAUUGGAGGAAAAGGCCAGAUAAGACCAUGAGAAGAUGUAUUUAUUUAUUUUUUCUUUAAGGAAAUAACUGUAUAAUUUAAAAACUUUUCCUUAAUUUGUGAUUUCCCCUGUACAGUUUUCAGUAUGUUUUGGGCACGUUAUGGGCCUCGAGAAUCUUACUAUCUUACAGAAGGGAUACUUUGUUAAUAAAACACCUACUUAAACCUG